AUGGAAAAAAUGGGUAAAGAUGUAUUGCCAUUGUUGUUAAUGGUGAUAGUUCAAUUAGGUUAUGCAGGCACAGCUAUUAUAUCAAAGCUUGUAAUGGAUGAAGGCAUGGACCCUUAUGUUCAUUUAUCCUAUAGACAAAUUUUGGCCACCAUUUCUAUUGCACCUUUUGCUUACUUUUUCGAGAGGAAAACAAGGCCUAAGUUGACACCAUUUAGCCUUUUCCUAAUUUUCUUAUGUUCUGUUUUGGGGGUAACAGCAAUGCAAAUGACUUGUAUUAUAGGAUUAAGAAAUUCAACAGCAACUAUUACAUCAGCUAUGGCUAAUUUAAUUCCAGCAAAUACAUUUCUUCUUGCCCUCAUUUGCAGGCUUGAAAAACUAGGACUAAAAACUAAAGCAGGACAAGCCAAAAUGAUGGGAACAAUAAUGUGCAUUGGUGGAGCUAUGUUGUUAUCAUUAUAUCAUGGAAAAGUUGUGAUUGGAAAAUUAGGAUUUCAUUGGAAAUAUUCACAACAUAAUAACACAAGCAAAAAUAAUAGUCAUGGCAACUUCUUCAAUGGACCUUUUCUAGUCAUAAUUAGCACUAUGGUUUACUCUUUAUGGUUAAUCAUACAACCAAGUGUUAAUAUGAGGUAUGCAGCUCCAUAUACAAGCACAACAUUGAUGUUCUUCAUGGCAAGCUUGGAGUGUGUAAUUGUUGCAAUUUGUGUUAAUCAUGAUGACAAAACUGCCUGGUCUUUGAACCCCAUAAGAGCUAUUUCUGUUCUUUACAAUGGAAUUGUGAGCUCAGCACUAGCAUUAUAUUUGGUUACAUGGUGUAUCAAAAGAAAAGGACCUUUAUAUGUCUCUAUGUUCCUUCCCUUGCAAUUAAUAUUUUCUGCCUUUCUCAGUUGGACAUUGCUUGGUGAAAAGUUAUACAUUGGAACAUUUAUUGGUUCAAUUACGACCAUUAUCGGACUCUAUAGUUUUUUAUGGGGGAAGAAAAAAGAUAUGAACGAUAACACAGUGCAUGUUAAGGAGGAAGUAUCGAAGGAGAAGAGACAGUUGACUAAUUUUGACUCGGAAUUGCAAAUAUCGAAAAAUUCAGAUAUAUAUUCAAAUUCGAGAUAA